UUGGUCGCCAUGUCGGGGCGCGGGAAAGCCGGCUGCGGGGCGAAGGGGCGCGCCAAGGCGCAGUCGCGCUCGUCGCGGGCCGGGCUGCACUUCCCGGUGGGGCGCGUGCACCGGCUGCUGCGGCGGGGGCGCUACGCGGCGCGGGUGGGGGCCGGGGCGCCCGUCUACCUGGCGGCGGUGCUGGAGUACCUGACGGCCGAGAUCCUGGAGCUGGCGGGCAACGCGGCGCGCGACCACCGCAAGGCGCGCAUCGUCCCCCGCCACGUGCAGCUGGCCGUGCGCAACGACGAGGAGCUGGGCCGCCUGCUGGGCCGCGUCACCAUCGCCCAGGGCGGCGUCCUGCCCCACAUCCCCGCCGCCCUCCUCCCGCCCAAGGCCAACGCCGCCCCCGCCCCCCCGGGCAAGAAGCCGUCGGACUCGGACCAGCCCUCGCAGGAGUACUAGCGCGCCGGGCCGGACCUGAGGACGCCGCCUUCGCUCGCCUGCCUGCCUGCCUGCCGCACAGAGAGCGCCGCCUCCCGGGAAAAGGACCCUGUCCGCUGCGAUCCCUCGCCCAGGAGGAUGCGGGACUGUCCGCCGGGACUUUGGCGCAGGACUGGCUCUUGCCUGCCGGGCCACCGAACUGGCCCCCCCCCCGCUGUCCGCUCAUUAAAAGGACUCUUGC